CGAGACCCGUUGCUAAGGCACCUCGCGAAGUUUUCCACCAAGGUUGUGAAAAAUUCUAUCUCACAAAGAAAGGCAGCCAUGGGAGUUAUGGGCAGAGGGGGUUUCUCCCCGCGUGGCGGCGGCGGUCGUGGUGGUGGUGGAUUUUCACCCCGUGGUGGACGCGGUGGUGGUUUCGGUGGCCGCGGCGGCGGUGGCCGAGGUGGCGGUCGUGGCGCUCCUGGGGGCCGCGGCGGUGGCUUCGGCGGUGGCCGAGGACGCGGUGGACCACGUGGUGGCGGCCGCGGUGGAAUGCGAGGUGGCGCUAGAGUAGUUGUCGAACCUCAUCGUCACGAAGGUGUAUUCAUUGCCCGUGGCAAGGAAGACGUUCUGGUCACGAAGAACCUUGUUCCCGGCGACUCCGUUUACAACGAGAAGCGAAUUCAAGUAGAGGUUGAAGGUGGUGACAAAAUCGAGUACCGUGUCUGGAAUCCCUUCAGAUCAAAGUUGGCUGCUGCCAUCGUCGGUGGUGUAGGCAAUAUCUACAUCAAGCCCGGUGCCAAAGUCCUGUACCUCGGUGCUGCAUCAGGAACGACCGUGUCCCAUGUAGCUGACAUUGUUGGUCCGGAAGGCGCAGUGUAUGCCGUCGAGUUCUCGCACCGUUCAGGCAGAGAUCUGAUCAAUGUAGCAAAAAAGAGAACGAACAUCGUUCCCAUCAUCGAAGAUGCCCGUCACCCGCACAAAUACCGCAUGCUUGUCGGUAUGGUUGAUGUCGUAUUCGCUGAUGUCGCUCAACCUGACCAGGCCCGUAUUGUUGCUAUGAACGCACAAAACUUCCUGAAGAACGGUGGCCACUACGUCAUUUCGAUCAAGGCAAACUGUGUUGACAGCACAGCUGAGCCCGAAGCAGUCUUCGCCAGCGAAGUGAAAAGAUUAGCAGCUGACCAGCUCAAGCCCCGCGAGCAGCUGACGCUCGAGCCGUACGAGAGAGACCACGCUGUCGUCGUCGGUGUUUACAGACCACCUCCCAAGAAGUAAUGAUUUUAACACCAUCUGCCCUUUGCGUAGCUACGGUACCUGACAACGCUGUGGCUGGAAAUUGCCCAACUUUGUUCCUUUUUUACUUCAAAAGUACUGUACUUGGCCCUUUCACCGUCUCGCAUUGGCGUGUUUAACAUGAAAUCUUCUUGGACCUUGGCAUGAGAACCGAAUUUAGUCUGGCAGCGUUGUCAUGUACCUUUUUGGUUUUCAAGUGUCAGCCUCCUCACGGGAAUGGUUGUUGGUCUGUCAACAUGCGCAAUCUGUUGCGUGGCACACUGGUGCAAUGCAUUUGCUUGAGUAUUGUUCUACUGGUUACUGGGCCCCUCUUCCGUGUGAUGUUUUUGGACCUGGUCGUUGACUCUGUUGUUUGUGGACUCUGUCCAUGGUAGUUGUAGUGUGUGCCCUGUACAUCAAGGCAAACGCUCCUCUAUGUUCAUGGGCACACUGGUGCAAUGCAUUUGCUUGAGUAUUGUUCUACUGGUUACUGGGCCCCUCUUCCGUGUGAUGUUUUUGGACCUGGUCGUUGACUCUGUUGUUUGUGGACUCUGUCCAUGGUAGUUGUAGUGUGUGCCCUGUACAUCAAGGCAAACGCUCCUCUAUGUUCAUGAUACUUUCCUUCACACAACAGAAGAAUGGUUCAGCUUUUGCUGGUGAUAGUAACAGUC